AACUUUUAAGACUAAUCAUAACGGUUUAUUUACAUUUAAAUUAAUCAACGAUUUUUUUCGCGACUCACAACUUGGUUUAAUUUUGUUGAACUGUUUGACAACAAAUCAAACAGACUUAAUUUUUUUUAAUUUAAUUGUUUUAAUUCAACUAAAAUGGUUGUUUAUUGUCAGUUUAAAACUUUAUUAUUUGACCACGGAGAAACUUACUAUUGCGGUCUAAUUAAUAAGACACAGCCUCCAGGGAACAGAAGACUAGAUAUUGCUCGAACUCACGAGUGUAAUAAGACAAACAAUGAUGUAAAUCAUAUUAAGUUUGAUAAUUGUAUAGUUACAUCAAUUCCACAAGAACUUACAUUAAUAUUUCCAAAUUUGAAGAAUCUGGUGAUUUACAAUUCCAAAUUAAAGAAAAUUAGCAAAAAUGAUCUGAUUGAUUACAGAAAUUUGGAAAUUAUUUCUUUUGUUGAAAAUGAAAUAGAAUUUCUACCUGGAGAUUUAUUUCAGCAUUUUAAACAUUUAAGUAUUAUAAAUUUCAAAGGAAAUAAGUUGACUUUAAUUGAACCAAACAUUUUAAACGGGUUAGAAGAACUCAAAAUGGUCAAUUUUUCUGAAAAUCCACGUUAUGAAAAUUUUUUUUCAAUUUAUCCUGUUCAUAAUCCGAACGCAACUCUUGAAGAAGUCAAAAAUGAAUUAUAUGAAAAGUUCUACUCAAGAUAUGAUUUUCUUCAAGAUUUAAAAAACUCCGAAGAACAUUUAAAAUUAAAAAAUAAUCAGUUGAAGAAAAAAAUGGAAAACAUGUUAACGAAUCAUUUGACUUACGAUGUAACUGCUGAUUUUAAAAACUUCAUUCGUGAUGAAAAUUCCAAAGAUUUCAAAAUUAUAAUAGACGAUCAAGAAUUCUUAGUUCAUAAGUUUUUGCUGAUUAUUCGAAGUCCAACUUUGGGAGAUAUUUUACGUAACAAUCCAGAUGUUGAAAGCCUCAACUUGGUUGAUAUUCCAAUUCCUAUUUUUGAAAAAAUUUUGAAAUGGUUCUACACUGAUGAACUAGCAUUUGAGAAUAAAUCAAGUGCACUGCCCAUCUUUGCUGCUGCCGGACGUUUAAAACUUAAAAAACUUAUUGAUUGCGCUGCUGAAAAGCUUCUUGAUCAAGUUAAUCCAGAAAAUGCAUUGGAAAUUCUCAAUUUGAGUGCCAAGUUUCAGAAAUAUGAGUUGAAGAAAAAAGCUUUUGAAGAAGUUAAGAAGAAAUAUCCAAAUUUCAAGUUUAGGGAUGAAUUGUUGGAAAAUCCUGAUAAAUUGAAGUUUAUUAUUGACAUGUUUAAGGAUAAAGAAGAAGCAAACAGAAAGUUUGAGGAAAAUUUGAAGAAAAUGGCGAUAAUGGAUUAAUGACUCUGAUAAAUGUUCAAGUUUUAAUUUUAUUAAUAUGUAAUAGCAAGUAUAAUUCUUAAGACAACAUUCUAGAGCCUAUGUUUCACUUCUUGAGUUUCAUCGUAUGAUAAAGCCAAGACUCUCUUUUGACAGCACUGCUCUAGAGUGUUGUUUGGACAUCCAAAAAGUUAAACUAUUAAUUAAGUUUACACUAGAAAAACCUAAUGUAUAAUCUAGACACAAGAGAAGGUAGUUCCCUACUGGUAACUCUAGUGAUAGCCAUUUAAAUUCAUUUUUCUAAAAUUACUUAUAGAGUCUUGCCUUGUUCUUGAGAACAAGUUGAUUAUAUGUAACCAGCAUAAACAGUCCCAAAUAAAAAAUAACCGAAUUUUAAUACACUACCAAAUAUUUU